AUGAGCGCCUCAUACUGGGAUUCGAGUCAGAGGCACAAGUGGAAGUAUACUAGGGAAUCCUUGGCUAAGGAGAAGCAGAAACUCUGGCUGUUGGAAUGCCAAUUAUUCCCACAAGGUUUGAAUGUUACGAUUCACGAUUCGAAGGCGAACAAGCAGGUGACGACAAACAUUCCGGUUACACAGCGAGAUCUGCAUUAUGAUCGAGACUACAAUUUGAGGAUAUACUGCUAUUUCCUUAUAAUGAAGUUGGGCAGGAGGCUCAAUAUACGGCAGUGUGCACUUGUUACAGCACAUGUUUAUUUGAGCCGAUUUUUGCUUCGAGCUAGUGUCAGGGAAGUGAACCUGUAUCUUUUAAUCACCACCUGCAUCUAUUUGGCUUGCAAAGUGGAAGAAUGUCCGCAGCAUAUAAGAACGCUAGUCAACGAGGCGAGGUCUCUAUGGCCAGAGUUUAUUCCACCGGAUGUGACAAAAGUGACCGAGUUUGAGUUUUAUUUAAUCGAGGAAUUGCAAUCAUAUUUGAUUGUACACCAUCCGUACCGGUCUCUAGAACAGAUCGAGAAGGCAUUAUCAUCCGAAAAGUACAACUAUAAACUCUCAGACGAUGAGCUUCAGAAAAUAUGGUCGUUGAUUAACGAUAGUUAUACGACCGAUGUCCAUUUACUCUAUUCACCGCACGUGAUCGCCAUAAGUUGUCUAUUUGCAGUGUCUUGCAUCAUUCACAAGCCAGAGGACAGUACAAAGCGUGCUAACAUCAACAUGUUCAUCGCUGAAACUCAAGUUAAUUUGGAACAAGUGAUGUUUAUCCUUCAAGAACUCAUAUCACUAUACGACCAUUGGGACAAAUACAAUGAACUGCGGAUCAGAGCGCUCCUACACGAGUUAUACCUCCGUCAACAAACACCAGCAAUUCAGUGA